AUGUCACUGCCAUCACUACACCUCAACUACCUCGGAGAACGAAGCGGUGCAAUUGCAGUAAUCUGUGGCGACAAAAUAAUUACGUACGAGAAGCUCCGAUCCUUAAGUACGAAGAUUGCGUUUGCACUGCAUGCAAAUGGUGUGCGGCGUGGCAAUAGGGUGGUUAUCCUAACUUCGCGAUGCAUCGGAAUGGUCGUCCUGUUCCACGCUGUCUUGGAAGUUGGCGCCUGUUACAUCCCCCUCGAUCUUGAGGGCUUUAGUUCGGAUCGGAUUUCGCAUGUAAUUGACACCGUGAAACCGGCGGUCAUCGCAAGCAGUGAGCCAGUCGACAACCUGGGUCGAAAAGUUCUCUUAUACAACGACCUCAUCGGUUCUACUCAUGCGUCAACAGCUGUACCCAGCAUCAUGGUAGCCGAAGAAGACCUCACUUCAGUCGAAGAUCUGGCAUACAUCGCCUUCACUUCAGGAACGACGUCUGCCCCCAAAGGGGUGAUGGUACCAAGGAGCGCACUGCUCAACUAUGUGCGACAAGAUGACCCACCUUUCAACAUAAGCGUACGUCCGCCGGAUAUGGUUCUGUGCAUAUUCUCUCCCGCAUUUGACGCAUGCACGGGAGUCAUAUUCUCCACUUUAUACAACGGCGGGACAUUGAUGAUCGCGCAACCUGAGACUUUAGAAUCAUGUCUGGAGGACUGUACCAUACUGCCCUGCACGCCGUCCAUUCUUCGUUCCCUUAGUGCGGCCAGAACACACGAGAAGCUGCGUGCGAUCUUUCUUGGAGGCGAGGCGACCACACAGAAGCUCAUAUCCUCAUGGACGGUUCCGGGCCGAGCCAUUUACAACUGUUAUGGUCCUAGCGAAACAACAUGUGCUUCACUGCUAUCUGAGCUGAGCCCUGGUUCCCCGAUCGACCUCGGAAGACCAAUGAAAGGAAGCGAUGUCUCACUCGUAACAAACGGCGUGAGGAGUGACGAAGGAGAAAUUUGGAUCUCAGGCCCAGGACUCGCGAUCGGCUAUCUCAACAAGCCAGCGUUGACUGCUUCGAAAUUUGUCUUCUUCGAGGGGAAACGCUUUUACCGCACGGGAGAUUUCGCUCGACGCCAAGAUGGAAAACUCUACUUCCUUGGUCGCGGCGAUAGUAUGAUCAAGAACCGGGGGUUUCUUGUCAAUCUCGAAUCGGAAGUCAUACCAGCUUUGCUGGCCCAAUAUGGUGUGGAGUCGGCGACAGCGCUCCACAUUGAUGGAAGUCUUUACGGAUUUGUCACACCAAGCACAUGCCCAGUAAAAGAGCUCCGGCGGAAUAUGUUGGAAGAACACGACGCAUUCCUCGUUCCGGAUCGAAUCUAUGCCUUGAAUUCACUGGUGCUCAAUCAAAAUGGGAAGAUUGACGGCAGGCCACUUCAGCAAAUGGUGCUGCACAAUGCCCACAAGAAUGGGGACGCAUCUGUUGCUCCAGGAACAAUGCUCGACUUUCUACGAUCCUCCGUAGCGGAUGUUUUGUGCCUCCCUUUUGACGCGGUGAAUGACGACGCGACGUUCGUGUCGCUGGGCGGUAACUCGCUACUGGCACUAAGGCUGCUAACGAAGCUACGAGAGAAACACUUGAUGGUCUACAUGGCUCCGCUCAUGGGUGACCUCCCUCUUCGUUCCAUAUGUUCAGGUCUCACUUCUCUGGCCAAACCCUGUAUCCGCCGAUUGCCCUAUGGAGAGUCGUUCCCCCUUACAACGAUGCAAGAGAAAAUGCUGUGUACAAUGGCGACCAACCCAGUGCAGUAUUAUCUGCUGGUGGAAAUCGACUUAGCUGCCUCACUUUCAGAUUUGCAAGAGAGCCAAUUUCGAAGCGCCUGGGAGAUGUUGUACCGGCGACAUGUUAUUCUCACCUGCACUUUCGACCUAAAAGAACAGGAAUGCGUCCCGUCAGAGGCGUGGGAGAUGGACUGGAUGUCCGUUUCCAUCUCCAAGUCAAACCGCGCGUCUGAAAUUGCCCGACAAAAAAAAGUACUAUUCCAGCGCGUCAGGUCGUGCGACGCGUCGAAUCCACUGAACGCAUUUCGGAUGAUCACAGCCACCGAUUCUUCGCCACAUAUUCUCUGGUGCAUUCACCACUCUCGCAUCGACGGACACUCUGUUGCGGUCCUUUUGGAUGAGCUGCGGGCCAUUUUAGAUGGAAACGUGCUCCCAAACCCUCCGGAGUUUCAUGCUGUGCUGUGUGUUCAACGCUCUCUUCGGGCUGCGGCUUCUCCAGAAGCUCACACUUUCUGGAAUAGCAUAACUCGGCUUCAAGCGGACGCGAAAGCACUCCAGCUUCCGAGGGAAACGACCCCAGCGUGUGAACUGGGAUUCUCUAGCGAGUAUCAAGCAGUCAUCACGUCAGGAAUUCCUUUGACAUCCAUCGCGAGUGUAUGUAGAAGCCGUGGUAUCUCCGUAAGCUCGCUGAUCUACGGUGCAUGGGCGAAGCUUAUGAUGUGGUAUACUGGUUCCAAAGCCGCAUCCUUCGGAGUUGUAUUUUCCGGUCGGAACCUCCGCUUGAACGAAGCAGAUGUUAUCAUCGGACCCUUGAUCAACGUUUGCCCUUUUGCUAUGAACGACAUGCAGGGAGACCAGUCUGCCAAAUAUUGGAUACAGGAUAUACACUCUCAAAUUCUUGCGAUGGCCGAUUACCAGUGGACGGUCCCAAUGGAUCAUACGGCUUUCGAUACUCUCGUAUCCUUGCAGUAUGAUAUGCUGGAGGCUCGUAUGAGCAGCAAAUCCAUUCCAGAACCUUGGAAAAUAAGGCAGACCCAACUUUCCGAGUUCACGUGGACGCUUCUUGUGGAAUCGGAACGGGAGGAGCUCAAGUUUCGGUUGCUGUUCGCGCCGACGAAAGUCACCUCGCACACGACGAUUAAGGUUCUGAGGCAAUUCAGGGAUAUGUUCCUCAACCUACUUGAUGCGUUAAUCCAGGAAGAGUCGGGUCGCUCAAUCAGGCCGCCGCUCAGCCAAUGUGAGUUCGACGCUUUAAUCCAAAGAGAGCAGCCUCCGGCUUUUAUACCACCGGGUCAUUCCAGUCUCAAAGUAGCGUUUGAGAUGGUUGCCAGGGUAUAUCCCGAUGCAGUGGCGGUAGAGGGCUCUGCGGCUUCCUUAACGUAUGAAGAGCUUGACGCAGCAGCGAACAAGGUGGCAUGGGAUCUAUCAUCGUAUGCAGAUAAAGGCACUCCAGUGGCGAUUCUCGCAGACGGAAGCCUGGACUGGAUCAUAGCAACGCUGGCAGCCGUGAAAGUGGGUGCCGUUUAUUGCCCAAUCGACGUCGAGUUACCGGCGGAGCGCGCGCAGACGAUCAUCCGCACGAGUGGGGCGAAGACCGCUCUGGUUCCAAGACGAGACUCCGAGCACUUAAUCUCUCAGCUGGAACCCGUGCGCGUCAUCUUCGUGAGCGAUAUCCUGUCUGAACCUGGCCAUUAUGAAGCUCUGCAAACAGAUAUCGCCUUACAAGAUCCAGCAUACCUGAUAUUCACUUCCGGCACUACAGGAACUCCGAAAGGUGUCCUCGCCACCCAUCAAGGGCUACUCUCCUACAUCUCCUAUCCGCCUGCACGGUUACACGCUGCACUGGGUCGGCGGAUCGCGCAGAUGUUCUCCGUAGGGUUCGAUGCCUGCGCCGCGGAAAUUUUCGGGACACUAUGCUAUGGAGCUACACUUGUUCUGAAACAUCCAGGAGAUAUUCUCAAGUCGCUCCACUCUGUCGAUGCAGCCAUGAUGACUCCUUCACUGCUCUCUGCUUGCGAUCCAAGUAAUUUUGCCAACUUGGAGGCCAUUGUACUUGGAGGCGAGGCUGUUCCGGAGAAGCUUGCUAAUACUUGGGCGGAAGGCCGGCGUCUUUACAACGGAUACGGCCCGUGCGAGUGUACGGUGGGGAGUAUUUUCCGUCAACUUUCACCCCGCUUGCCCGUAACGAUAGGCCGCCCGAUCCCCGGCAUGAGAGCGUAUAUCACACAUGAAGGCCGGACUCUGGCACCUGUUGGCGUCACUGGAGAAAUAUGUUUGAGCGGCGCGCAAGUAGCGAAUGGGUAUUUUGCCUGCGAGGCGUACGACAAGGAUCGUUUCCUCCCGGACCCUUGGAAUCUAGGGCUGACUAUGUUUCGCACCGGUGACUUCGGACGUUGGACCGAAAACAUGGAUAUCGAGUUCUUGGGCCGACGGGACCGACUGGUGAAAGUGCGCGGGUAUAGAGUUAAUCUAGAAGAGAUAGAAAUCGUCAUUCGACAGACCUCCGCGGACAUAGACCAGGUCGGAGUGGUGGUGAAGAAUGACGGUCUGGUAGCCUUCAUAACUCCGAAGAGUGUGGAUAUAGACAUUAUUCGCGAUCGGAUUCGCUCCCGCCUCCCGAUAUAUUGCGUCCCUUCCAGGAUACUCGUCCAGGAUACUAUUCCUUUGACGACAAACCAGAAAAUCGAUUACCGUGAGCUCGAAAAUUUGUCGCGGAUUCAGAAGGCUACGACCAUGGUCCUUCCACUUGGUCCCAUGCGAGACGUUGCUAAAGUCUGGGAGGACAUCCUGCAGAUUCCCAAUCUAUCUGUCAAGGCAGACGAUGACUUCAUAGCCCUAGGAGGAAGCUCGAUCCUACAGCUACGUCUCAUUCAGAGGUUGUCCAGUCUCUAUAGCUGCAAGGUACCCCUAGAUUUCGCAUCGCGUAAUAACCUCCUUGCACAGCAAGUUUUGGCAGUACGGGACCUGGAGCCGAGGUAUAACUCCAAAAAACGCGGAGAAUCGUUCUUGGAAUGGAUGAGAGAUGCUAAUGUCUCUACUGCGAUUGUCUCUCCCGCUGAGGAAGAGAUAGUAUCCCUUUCUUCCAACACUCUUUUUCGAACUGCUUUCAACAUGCCCUGUCUCUUCAAGGUAACCGGGAAGUUGAACGUCCAUCGGCUCGCUUCUGCAAUACGCCGCUGCGUAAUUUCUGCAAGAGUCCUGAGAACCAAGUACAUAUUCGAUGGCGACCGGCUCCGACGAGGUUUUCAGGACUCUCUCUUCUGCUCGGUCCGUGUAGGACAUAUCGGUGAAAGCGUGUCUGUGGAUGAUGUAUUAAAUCAACCCUUCGACUUCUCGAAAGACCCGCUCUUGAAGGCCGUACUCUACGGCGGAGUGGAUGAUGAUGUUUAUCAUUUGCUCAUCGUCGCUCAUCAUACCAUCAUGGAUGCCACCUCUUUGCGAACUUUCCUAGGACUUAUUCAGGCUUGCUACGCCCAAUUUGACGUCGAUCGACCGGACGAGAAACACGACGCAAGUUCUCGGCCCGAUUACAUCGACUUAAUGAACUGGAAGUUGGCUAUGCCCUUAGACGACUCGCAUGCUGUCUUCUGGCGAGAGUACCUUGCAUCGCCACCCUCUCCACUUCUCCAGCCUCGCGAACGGUGCCGUCUCAAUAAUGCGGGCGGUAACCUGACUCAUCACAUACCGUCCGACCUGCUACAUUCCAUUCUUGUCGCCGCCGCGGAACACAAUAUCACCAUACACCAAAUGCUACUUUCCGCACUCUUGGUCUCUCUUAGCCGAGCAUUCCACGCACGAGAUAUCGUGGUCUGCAUACCGUAUGCUCACCGCGAUGAACCUGGAACCGAGUCGAUGCAGGGGAAUUUGCUGGACCGAAUCCCCGUCCGCGUUUCGGUCGACUCCGUCCCACCAAGGUCUUCCCGCAUGUUUCUGAAGAAGGUGAAACAAAGCAUACAGGGCGCUCUUGAACAUGUAGAAUCCUUUUCUGCAAUCUUGCAGCACAUUCAACAGCCCCAUCUCCCUCCGUACUACCUUUCGGAAGUCAUGUUCUCGUAUCAUUCUUACCCCAAUGUUCCGGCGCUCGAACUUCCGGGCUGUACAGUCGAGUAUAUAGAUGGUAUCGAAGCGCGAGGGGCGAAAUUUCCGGUGUUAAUCGAGGGAUGGGCGACGGCUGGUCAUCAGGGGCUCGACUUGCGGGUGGAAUAUAUGCUGCAUUGGAUCGAGGAGAGGAGAGUGAGGCAAAUUUUGGACGGUUUGGAACCAGUCUUAAGAGGAUUUUGCGAAUAG